GCUAAUUUUAGAAAGUUGGUAUUACAGUAUAACCGUGCGAAUACGACUUGAAGGUCGUACUUGGAAUGUACUCCUGGAAUUAUAUGGUAUGUUUCGUCUAAGAUGGUUAGAUACACAGAAUUUCUUCUAGCCCACAAGCAUAAAGUUACAUAUGUACACUCAUGAAUGAAGAAAUAAAAAGUCCAGUGAAGGAUACAAAGGAACAGUUGACCAGUAUGAAUCCAGAAGAAGAAAUCAGUUUAGACAGCUUUUUCCAAAUGGCUGGUAUGGAUUCAUCACAACUGGAAGCUUUGUGUUGUCCAAUAUCCUCUGGAACAGCAUGUACACCAGACGAUGGCAAUCUAAACUUGUCUGGAAAAAAUUCUCCCUUCACGCAUCAACUUCAGUCAUCAGACACAGAAGAGACAAUUAAUCAUAUUAAAGCACGUUAUGAAGCAGAAAUAGCAAAUUAUAAGAGAAAAUUGUCAAGUUAUCAAGAUGGACAACAAAAACAAGCUCAACUAAUACAAAAGUUACAGGCAAAGCUUCAAACAACUACAGAGACGCUGAAUGCUCGAAUCGAUGUUGCUGAAACAAGAUCAAGAGCAUUAGAACAAGAGCGUUCAUAUGAUAUUGAAAAUACUGUGAAUAAAUUACAAGAAGAACAACAACGAUCUAAUGAAUUAUCUCGAGCUAAUGAACUAUUACGUGAUCAACUGGAACAAGCUGUUCAAGCUAAUCAAGGUUUAAGUCAAGAUGUUGCACGUUUAACAUUAGCAUGGCGUCAUGCAGCACAACAAUUAGAUAAACGUGAAUCUGAAUGGCGUGAAGAAGAAAGUGCAUUUAAUGAUUAUUUUGCUGCUGAACAUAGUCGUUUAUUAUCCCUGUGGAGAGCCGUUGUCGCUUUAAGACGUCAAUUCGCUGAUUUAAGACAACAAACUGAUAAAGAUUUAACUAAUACUCGUACAGAAUUCACUCGUUACAUAGGCAAUAUUCAGUCAGCAUGUAACAAUUUAGAGGCAAAUUUACGCUCUGCUGAAGCACAGAAUCAAGCAAGUCAAGUGAAAACAACCAGUUUUCUUGAAACCGAUAUGGCUAAUCGUAUACAAGGCUUAAGUGAAUCAUUAGCACGUAGUCAAGCACGUCUAGCUGAAGCAGAAUCUAAGCUUACUGAGGCAAUGACAGCUAAAGAAAGACUUGCAACACAGCUUGCUGAAAGAGAUCGAAUACUCACUACAAUGAAACAAUUACACUCUAAUUAUGAUUUAGAUUCAUUAUCAAUGAGAAGUUCAAAAUCGCUGAAACGCGGAAAACGUCUUCACGACUUAUUAGAUACAGCUGUAGAUAUUGGUAAACAAAACGAUGGCCUAUCAGAACUUGCUUUAAGCACUGAUGAUGAAGAUGAUCAUUUGAAAGCAACAAAACGUUUGAUUGAGCAUACACAUGUUAUGCAUCAUGCCUUGAGUCAAAUAGCACAGUUAAUUAUUUGGGAUGCAACAAUUGCUGAUACAGACGAAGCACAUGAACCCAUCUUAAAUCUUCAAAACCCUGAUUGGUCCAGUACACGUGUUACACCGUAUUCAGUAGAAUCAAAACAGGCCACUUCAGAAGCAAGCGGAGAUACUAAAGGCCAAACAACGCCUGCAAAUGAAUCAAGUGAUCCAAAUCAACAAGGGAAUAAAAUUCCCUACGCUAAACCAGAUGACAUUUCUUGUCUACGCCGAUUAGCACAUUCGAAAUAUCAAGCUGGUUCAAGUUUACACUUGGCUGAAUCAACAGUCAGUGCUGUACAGAGUGCUUUGAAUAGACGCGCAACUCAUGUUCAUCGUUUAAGACUUAGAACUUCUGGAAUGAAAGAACAAAUCAAUAAUCUUUUACGUCGUGGAGAAGAAGCAGACACUGAACGUAAACGUCUUUCUGAACAACUUGCACGACUAAGGGAAGAAUUAGAAACAAAAAGUUUAGAAAUGGAUAAAUUGUCAAGAGAAAAAGAUAGAAUCAAACAAACAUUGAGUUUAACUAAAGAAGAGCAUGAAAUGAGUGAAUCAGCAAGGCAAAAUUUAAAUGAACAUGUACGUGAAAUUGAAAAUGAAUUAGAACGUCUUAGAACAUCACUUCAUGAUAUGCGUAAACAAAGAGAUGAAACAAUCACUGAACGUGAUAAUUUACAAACGGAACAAGAUCGUACACUUCGUGAGUUAGAUGCUGUCCAAAAGACAUUAAGCAGUACUGAACAGAGAACAGUGAACUUCCGUGAAGAAUUGGCUACAGUCCGUGAACAGUUAAGACGUAUUGAAUUAGAAAAAGAAAUAUUAGAUCAAGAGAAAAAUGAUGCUAUUACAACAGUCAAUAAACUGCAACAUAAAAUUGAAGAAUUAACUGCUGAUCUCAAUCAGGCGUUUAACAGAGAAAACCAAUAUAAAUCAAGAAUUACUAGACUAGAAACUGUACUCGAAACACAAGAACAUGAUGCUGAACAAUUAUCUCAUCAAAUCUCAUUAACACAUGCUAAUGAAACUCGUCUAGUAGAAGAAAGAGCUAAUCUUCGUAUGGAGUUACAAGAACAAAGAGAUGAGUUAGAGAAAAUUUAUUCAGAAAAGUCAAUUACACAGACAGAAUUAGAACAAGCACGUGAAUCGAUUAUGCGUGCUGAAACAGCUAGAACACGUCUUGAAGCAGAACUAAGUGAAUUAUCUAGAGAAAGAAUGACACUUACAGAAUCGUUAUCUGAAGCUCAAAGACAAAAAGCUACAUUAAUGGAUGAUAUAUCCACAUUCCGUAGGGAUUCUGAACGUCAAGAAGGUUUAAUUAUGAGAUUAACUAGUGAAAAAGAAGCUAUAUCAAAACAUAAAGCUGAACUACUCCUUCAGUUAUCAAUUGUAGAAAGGGAUAAUCGCCAUUUAACAGAAAUAAUUAACAAUUUGAAAUCAGAAAAAGAAAGUCUAGAAUCGAAUUUAUUUGAUAUGCAACAAACAAUUGAACAGUUAUAUCAUAAACAAUCGCAGUUGGAAAGAGAUGUAUCAGAUUUAAGAAGUCGUCGAGAUGAACUGCAAGCUGAACUUUGUCGUGCACACAGUAAUUUUCAAAUAGAAUUAGAAAAAUCUGAACGUAGUGGAAAAGAAGUAGGCGAUCAACUGUCGAAUGAACUAGAAGGUCUACGCAUGGCCCUACUACAGUCAGAGAAACGUGCUGAAGAAGCUGAGAAAGCAUGUUUACAAGCAGUAGCAAGAGCAGAUCAAGCUGUCAGCGUUAUUGACAGACAACAGCAACAACACAUAGACAUUGAACAUUUAAUGGAAAGAGAAUUAGAAUUACGUAAUUCUGCUGAAGAAAUGAAUCGACUUACGAAAGAGUUAUUAGCUGCUCAAAGGGAAAGAGAUGAAGCUCGCCUGCUUGCAGAACAAGAACGACAACGUGCAUUAUCUAGAGCAGCAGAAGAGAAAGUUAGUCUUCAGGAAAAAGUUAAUGCUCUACAAGAAACUAUCACAGAAUUACAAAUUACACUGGAUAGGACACAAAAAGAUGCAAGUGUUCGUGAAGAUCAAGAGAGAUCCGCUUUAAGAAAAGCUACAGAAGAGGUUCGAAGUUUCAGAAAUCAAUUACAAGAAGCAUGUUCAGAACAUGAAAGAGAGAAUCGUGAAUUACGUAUGCGUAUACACAGUCUUGAAAGUCAACGAGAUCAUUGGACCAAAGAAGUCAGUGAACUUCAAUUACAGAUAAGAAUGGCUGAAGAAGUUAGAGAUACUAAUCGUACAGAAUUAGUCGAUAGUACAUGUCGUAUUCGUGCUUUGGAAGAAACAAAUGAUUCUUCUAGAAGAGAAUGCAGUGAACUACGUCAAAGACUUGGUGAACUAGAACGUGAGAAAAAUGCAUUAAAUUAUUCCAAUGACGAACUGAGAAAACAGCUGAAAUGUGUUGAACUAGAACGUGUCGAUUUAGUUCGUAUGACCAAUACACUGAAAUCAAAACUUCAAGGUACUGAAAUGGAUCGAACAUCGUCAGAAAGACGUGUAGCCGAUUUACAAGUCGGUUUAAAAGAGGCCACGAAUUUAGCCAGUGAAGCUAAACGUGAAAUUAUAGAUUUGCGAAACAAACUUCAAAAAGUUGAGUCGGAAAAGGCUAAAUUAACUGAAGAAAUUGAAGAUUUGAAGGUUCGAUUAAAAGAAAGUGCAAAUCAAGAAGAAAAUUUAAAACGUGAAAAAAUAGCACUGAAACAAAAACUUUUAGAAAUUGAAGCUUCAAAAUCAACUCUACAAUCAGAAUUAUCUGACUUAAAUCAUCAAAUGUCUGAAUUGGAGGAAAUUCUGCGUUCAAGAGAAAGAACAGCCAACCAAGCUGCUGAGGAUUGGCAAAGAGAUUAUCAACGUUUAACUGAAUCCAGAAAAAAUUUACAGGCUAAAUUGGACAAUUCAAAUAUGGUAAUCAGUGAACUACGAACAUUACUGGCUGAAUCUCAAACAUGCAUAAAAGGAUUAGAAUCAGAGUUGAAUGAAACACUGACUACACGUCAAGAGGCUGAAGCCCGUCUAUCAGCAAUACACAGUAUAUUAAGACGUCUAAUUGGUUUCCGUCAGUCACAAUUUACUGGUCAACUACAAAAUUUAAACAAGCAGCAGCAACACCAACAACAACACCAGCAGCAGUCUGAACUAAUCAAUCCUAAUUGUGAAUCAAGUUUAGCUGAUCAAAUAGAUGAAUUGGAUAAAUCACAUUGGGAUUAUGAUAUCUAUACAAAAAAUACUUCUGGUCUGGAUAUAUUUGAUCAACCAUUUGAUGGUUUCAGUAGUUCAGAUGCAAGACGAUUAAAAAUGAUGGCUGAACAAGUAUUGAAUAAUCAACAAGACAUAAAGGCUGAUGUAUUAUGCACGCCUAGAAGUGAUCAAAUGCCUAAGCCACGUGUACGUGGUCGACGUCGUUUUGAAGCUUAUGCAAAUUCAGAUCCAGAAUAUGGAUCUAUAAGACGGGCUAAAUCAGCAUCACCAAAAAGAGCCAACAGACAUGAUGGAUUCAUGCUUCGGUCUACAUCAACUGAAAGAGCUAAUCAACAAAGAUUAAUCAAUAGUACAGGAUAUUCUUAUGAUGAAAAUGGAGGCUUACUGGAUAUAACGCAUUUAUCUGAUUGGUCUUCGAGAUGGUUAGAUACACUACGUUACCAUAUGAAUGGUUAUAGAACGCAUGCAUUACCUGGUUCCAAUUUGGAUCCAGGUGCUGUACGCUUAGCCUUAAGACGAUUUUUACGUCAUCUUGUUAAAAUUGAACGUGAACGUGAUGAUUUUGAUAUAAGAGCAAGAUUAAAUGAAGAGAAAGUUGCAGAAUAUAGUCGACAGUUGAAUGAACGUGAAGAACAACUUAUCCAGAUGAAGACGAAUAUCAAUGAAAUGGAAAGAGGGAAACUUGAAAUCAUGGAACAGUUGAAUAAGAUGAAAAAUACAAUUACAGAGCAUGAAAAUGAAAUGUCGAAACGUGAAUAUCAGUAUACGACAUUGCAUGAACAAAUCAAAAGCUUAGAACAACAAUUAAAUUCAUGUGAAGCUGAAAAAAAUCAAUUGCAAAUGCGUUUUGAUAAGUCAAGAGCAACUGAAAUUAAAUUAGAAGAAAAUAGACGAGAAUUAUUACAUUCAUUAGAAGAAGCAGAAACACGUUAUACACAGGCUGAAAUUAUUCGACGUCAACUGGAAGGUGAACUUCAGAGAUGUCAAACGCUAUUAGGUGAAUUAGAAAGUGAUAAAGAGAAUUUACAAACUCGUCUCAGUUUAACUGGUCGUCAAGGCACAGAAAUGGAAAUGAAAAUUUAUAAUCUUCAAAUAGAAUUAGAAAGAGCUACAAAUGCCUUAGAUCAAACUACUCUGUGUGUAGCUGAAUUACGAGAACAACUGACACGUGAAAAAUUAGCUUAUACAAAUCUACAACAAGAAUUAACUAGAACACAAGAACAUAUGGAAGCUUUACAAAAACGUGAAUUAAAUGCAGAACAAGAGAAACGUUUAUUACAGGAACGUUUAGACAAUAGUAGGAGUCUGUUGAAUGAUACCAAGAUGCAGUUACAUGAUAUGAUGGAACGUGUACAGAAACUACAAAUUGAAACAUCAGAAGCUGCAGUUAAGCGUAGUGAAGUAGAAACACAGUUAAGACAAUUAGAAAAGUUAUCUACAGAAUGUCAACAGACUAACAAUGAGUUACAAAUGAAGCUAAACAAUAUACAAGCUGAAAAUGUCAAUUUAACAGAGAAAAAUGCAAACUUACUAAGAAAUAUGAAUGAUGCAGGCAUACAAAAGCAUGAAAUAGACUGUGAGCUAACUAGAGUAAGAAAGGAACAAGUUCAAUGGAAGAGAAUGGCAGAAAAGAUGGAAAGAGAACGUGUAAGGGAACAAGAGUUGAAUGCCACGUUACGUAGUGAAAAUACAGAAUUGAUGAAAACUAUUCGUGGACUUGAAGAAGAGACAUUAACUUUACGCCGUGAAAUACAAAAGUUACAAGUACAUAUGGCACAACAAGAUGAACAGUAUGCAGCUCAACUAGUAGAAGUCAAUACAAAACAACGUCAAGAAUUAGAAAGUGAACUUGACCGGCAAAGAAACGCUUUAAAUGAUGCACAAAAAACACUACAACUCAAGGAAAGAAGUUAUAAACAACGUGUACGUGGGCUUGAAGAUCAGAUUCAACAACUCAAAGAUCAAUUGGCUCAUGAAACAAGUAAACGUCAAUUGAACUACUUUAAAACUCCAUCAUCUAUUAAUCAUAGUCAACCAAGUUUAACAAACUAUGGAAGUUCAGUAACAACAACAACAACAGGAUACGAUUUAGCUGAUAAUAAAUCUGGUCUGGAUAGUAAUCUUCAACAGGAUUCAUUCCUAGUGGGAUUAUACAAACCGACUACAGCACCUUCCCGAUAUGAUCCAUAUUAUUACCAAGUAACCGGUUCCAUACCUGCUCGGUUGAACCGGUCAUCAGGAUCAAGUUUAUUCAUAAAGCCAAGAAAAUCAUUCAUUGAAUCAAGAUUAUACCAGUCAACAACAAAAAUCAAUCAUAUCAGUCCUUCGGUUCGAUGUAAUGAUGACGAGAGAAGUAAACCGGCUCCUGAAGAGAUUGGUACAUCAAAUACAGAUGUCAGUCCACUAAUAGAUCAAUCAGCUUUCUCUCGUACACCAAUCCCAGCUGGUCGUUCCACAUGGCGUGAAUCAAGAGACAGUUCAGCUACACUGAAUCGAAGUACAAGUGACUCGACAAUACGUCGAAGAGAUGUCCAACCGUAAAACAAAAAACAUUUUCUUUUUUCAGUUCACAAUGAAAUACAAAUGUUGUGCACCAAUAAUCUUCUGGUUGUUUGAGAAACAACUACACCACGAACAUUACUGU